AGGACGCUGUCGGAAAUGUGUGUUCCCAAACUGUACAUCAUCUGACGGACACUCAGCUGGCCCUGCACUAGUUUUUGACAACAACGACUCUUGUCGACAAUGUUCACAUCUUGACUAUUGGCCCCAAAAUUGCCAUUACUUACCAUUAGUCUGCUCCCUUUCUUCCUUUAAAGUCACCCAUCAUGGAGCCAACUGCGCCCAAAAGCAAGCUGAAAAAGCUGAGUGAAGACAGUUUGACCAAACAACCAGAGGAAGUGUUUGAUGUUUUAGAGAAACUCGGUGAAGGUUCCUAUGGCAGUGUGUUCAAAGCCAUCCAUAAGGAGUCGGGCCAGGUGGUCGCUAUCAAGCAGGUUCCUGUGGAAUCUGACCUGCAGGAGAUCAUCAAGGAGAUUUCUAUCAUGCAGCAGUGUGACAGCCCUUACGUAGUGAAGUACUAUGGCAGCUACUUCAAGAACACAGACCUGUGGAUUGUCAUGGAGUACUGUGGAGCCGGCUCUGUCUCUGACAUCAUCCGACUGCGCAACAAGACGUUGACAGAGGAGGAGAUUGCUACUAUCCUAAAGUCGACACUCAAGGGUCUUGAAUACCUUCACUUCAUGAGGAAGAUCCAUCGAGACAUCAAGGCAGGAAACAUCCUGCUCAACACAGAGGGACACGCCAAACUGGCCGACUUUGGCGUUGCAGGACAACUAACGGACACUAUGGCAAAGAGAAACACUGUGAUAGGUACUCCGUUCUGGAUGGCCCCUGAGGUGAUCCAGGAGAUCGGCUACAACUGUGUGGCUGACAUCUGGUCCCUGGGCAUCACGUCCAUAGAGAUGGCAGAGGGCAAACCUCCCUAUGCUGACAUCCAUCCCAUGAGAGCGAUCUUCAUGAUCCCCACCAACCCUCCUCCGACAUUCAGGAAGCCGGAGCUUUGGUCAGAUGAAUUCACAGACUUUGUCAAGAAGUGUCUGGUUAAGAAUCCAGAGCAGAGAGCGACCGCAACACAGCUCCUACAGCACCAGUUUAUCAGCCAGGCCAAGCCGGUCUCAAUCCUGAGGGACCUGAUUACUGAGUCCAUGGAGAUGAAAGCCAAGAGGCAGCAGGAGCAGCAGAGAGAGCUGGAGGAGGAGGACGACAACUCUGAGGAGGAAACGGAGGUGGACUCUCACACUAUGGUGAAGUCGAGCUCAGAGGGUGCAGGGACCAUGCGGGCCACCAGCACCAUGAGUGACGGGGCGCAGACCAUGAUCGAACACGGCAGCACCAUGCUGGAGUCAGACCUCGGCACCAUGGUCAUCAACAGUGAUGACGAUGAUGAUGAGGAGGAAGACCAGGGAUCCAUGAGAAGGCACCCCACCCCCCAGCAGCCAAUGCGUCCGUCCUUCAUGGACUAUUUCGACAAGCAGGACUCCAACAAGGCAGCGCAGCAGCAGGAGAACUACAACCACAACCAGCCGCAGGAGCAGCCUGGCUACCACAUCCAGUCCAAGAACGUCUUCCCUGACAACUGGAAGGUGCCUCAGGACGGAGACUUUGACUUUCUGAAGAAUUUGGACUUUGAGGAGUUGCAGCUGCGCCUGACAGCCUUGGAUCCGAUGAUGGAGCGGGAGAUUGAGGAGCUCCGGCAGCGCUACACCGCCAAAAGGCAGCCCAUCCUGGAUGCCAUGGAUGCCAAGAAGAGAAGACAACAGAACUUCUAAGUGCUCCUCCCUGUAGUCUCCCAAAGCCACUAUUAACACAACACUUACGUCCCAUUGACUCAGAGGAACUAAGACAACUGUAAUGUAUCUGUUAGAAGCCCACUGCUGUUCUGACUGACUGCUAGCUGGCCUCUAUAUGAAGUUAAAGGCUAAUUGACAUCCAUUUAGGCUGCUGGAAUCUACACUUGUCUGCCUUGUUUCUACACUGCAUUUUAAAUAGUAUAUUUCAGUUCCUGUAAAGUUGCUUUCCCAUGAAUGAUACUCAGGACUGUGGCCAAAGAGAAAACUAGGGCCUGUCUAGAUUAUGUCUGAAAGUCACACCAUAAAUUCCCCCCCUUUUUUCCAUGUCACACCAUCGGAGAUUUCCCACCGACAUCAGGAAGCCUGUCUCUCUGGCUGUAGCAGCAGAAUAAUAGCAGUGGUCUUUUUUUCUCAGACUUUUCACUUUUACUGUAAAUAUAAUAUCGAGCCUAGUUUGGAAAUACCUGCAAAAGCUGUGGAGGCUUGACCAUGACCAAAGACAAUCAAGAUGAUGUUGAGAAUGCCUUAAAUAUUUGAAACCUGGUUUUAAAAUGAGCCAUGUAAUAAAACAACCAAGUCGCCAGGUGGUUUAUCUAUUCCCUCACUUGGAGAUGAGUUGGAAGUGGACUGAGGAAGAUGCAAGAAUGGACAGAAAUGAAGGAAAUCAUGUGGGGCGGUGAAGAACGAAACAUGCAUGUUAUUAUGGAGGACCAGAAAACCUGAAAUUAUUUCAUUAGUCUUAAUUUUUUUUUUUUUGGGCUCUGCUCUCCAUGAAUGAAAUCAGAGCUUUUUCUUUUUAAAUGAUCCACUGUACUCUAAUUAAAUCCAGACUUGGCAGCAAAAUUCAUUCCAUAGACAAAAGACAACUUAUCAUAAAAGCAAAGCAUUCCAUAAAACUGUUUUAUUCUAAUGUCCCUCGAGUCUUUAGAAAACCUGCAGAUUUACUCUAAGGAUCAAAACAUGUUUUUUUCUGUUCCACUCAAUGAUUGAUCAACUUUAAAAUUCCAGUUUGACCUUCUAAAGCUUGCAGAGCAGUUAACAAGACCCUGACAGUUCAGCCCUCAAUAAAGAUAACUAGAUAGCCGACGAGUCAAAUAAACUGUUUUAUGGCUCCGUUUAUCAAGUUGCGAUAAAAUAUGCAAGUGAACGACUGAUAGUGUUAACUAAAGAAAAACAGAGCCGCUGCAUCAACCCCACAUCUACUGUCUAAAUUCAAGACUAAGACUUUUAAAAUGGAGUUAAGAUUUCUUAGUCAAAUUAUCCUUUAGCAUUUAUCUGUUGUUCCUUUUUUCUACAGUACGGUUUUCUGAUUAUAACUGAAGGAAUGAAGUGUGUGGUUUGCGACACAUGCUUAUUUGUCAAUCCCUUAACACUAUUUAAACUGUUUAGACUGUAAAACUGUGUGAUUUAUUCGGGCCAAAUUUAAGGAAAGCAAAACUGGCUGUUUAACCGUGCAUUUAUCUGAAAAAAAUCUAUACAUUUUAUAUCAGAUUUCCAGUUGAGCUUAAUUUCAUCAACUUUCAUUUGGAAACCCUUGCUGCUCUGACUUCAUGAGGGACACAAACUGCUCUGCUGUAGUUUAGUUUCGACAUAUUGAUUUGACCGGUGUUAAUCUUUGAAUGAAAUAUGCCUUUAAAUCCAUGUGCAUUACGUCUGCAGGCUGCUGUUAUAUGAAUGUUAAUAUGCAGUCUUGAUGGUUCUGCCCAUUCUUACUGCAUAUUAAUAGUCAUUUUAAUCAUACCUUAUGCUUGGAACUGUCUGUUACACUACGUUAGUCUCAUUUGGUGGACAAUGUACCCAUAAUGAGCAAUAAUGAGACAUUUUAAACACCUGAAUCAACAUUUAAAUCACCUUAAAUUAUCAUAUAUCUGAAGGUGAACCUGUUCUUUCACUGAAAACAUUAACAGUCUUGCCCUGAGUUGUUUUCAUUAAUUCGGUCUGCAGUGCAUUGGUAACUUAAACGCAAGCAUUCACAAUUUAUUUAUUUGUUUUUUUUAUUUUGUGACGCUGGUUAAAAUAUUGUAGCUAAGUUGGCUGUUAAUAUUUCUGCCUUUUGUCAAAUAUAUGUGGCUUGAUUUCCACGUGUUAAUCUAUGCAUGUUUAUAAUUAUGUUUGCUAUUUAGUGGAAUGCUUUUGUAUUAAGUGCACAGUACUGUUACCAUGGAAGCUGGAUGUUCAGCUUUAACAGAAAAUUAUUUUCCCUGUACAAUUUUAAAAGCCCUGUUUGAAAUAUGACAUUGUAAUGAUCUGCCAUAUGUAUAAUUAUUUGAAAAAUCAUUGAUAUAUAGCUAUAUCAUUGUGUUUCCAUUUAUUUCUCUGUUUCCUCUAUAUAAAGACUUGAGCGUAGAGUGGACUGUAAGCAUUUAUGUUUGAACCACCUAAUUUAUUAUCUUUUGUUUGUAAUACUUUAUCUUGAAAGGUGAAAGAAAUAAUAAAGUUACUUAUAGUUAACCAUAA